GGCCGGCCGACGGGGAGCCAUGGCGUCAGCGCGCCGGCCCCCGCUCUAGCUGAGCCGGGAGAGCGCGGUGGCGGCGGCGGCCCGGCCGGCCGGCAUGGAGCCGGGCGCCCCGGAGCUGCGGGUGGGCUGCCGGCUGCCCGUGCGGGUGGAGCAGAUCGUGAACGUGGACACGCUCGUGGUCACCCUGAGCUGCGGCGAGCGGAGCUUCACGGGCAUCCUGCUGGACUGCACCAAAAAGUCUGGGCUCUUUGGUCUUCCCUUGUCUUUGCCGAAGCGAGAUGCUCCCCUAUCAGAUAGCUGCUCAAGUUGGGACCCGUGUGAAGAAAAAGGAGAUGCCCAGGCCCCCGAGACCGUCCUGCCGCCUUCAGAGAAGCCCGCCGCGGCGGCUGAGGGUCCGGACCCUGCUCCGCCCCUGGUGCCCCCCUUGCCCGCAGGGAGCGCUCCUCCUUUCCCUCCCUAUUUUGAAGGCGCCCCCUUCCCCCACCCGCUGUGGCUCAGACACACGUACAACCAGUGGGUUCCCCAGCCUCCCCCGCGGACGAUCAAGCGCACCAAGAGAAGGCUGUCCCGCAACCGGGACCCUGGCCGCCUGAUCAUGAGCACUAUACGGCUGCGGCCGCGGCGCGUGCUUUGUGAGAAAUGCAAGAACACCCUGAACCCCGAGGAGAGCUCGACCAGUCAGCCCAGCACCAAGCCGCGGCGGCGGCUGAGCGCGCCGGACAAGGAGCCCAAGAAAGCGGAGGAGCUGGACUACGAGAUGCGCAAGAGCAAGCGGGAGAAGAGUGCGGGCGAGCCAGUGCCCCGCAGCCCCGUCAUCAAGAUCUCCUACAGCACACCCCAGGGCAAGGGGGAGGUGGUGAAGAUCCCCUCCCGCGUGCAUGGCUCCCUCAAGCCCUUCUGUCCCCAGCAGGGCCUGCAGAAUGGCAGCCAGGACCCGGAGGUGCGAGAUGCGGGCUCCGGGGACCGGCUGGCCGGGGGUGGCCCGCCGGCCUCCAUCCCCAAGCUGAAGCUGACCCGGCCGGUGCCUUCUGGGGACGCACCCCCUCCCAAGAUCCGCCUGAAGCCCCACCGUCUCCCCCGGGCCGGCGGCAGCCCCGGAGGCGGCCAGAACGUCUCCAUCUACAAGGCGGAGUUGAUCGACCAGCUCGGAGACCUUCAGGGCAGCCGCGAGUCCCAUGCAUCUUCUGCCUUUUACGAGGACGAGUCCUCGCAGCGGAGGCGGCGGCGCCAGCUUGCUGAGCUGUCCUCCGGAAGCUCGGGGGAAGAGGACGACUUUGGCGGCUUUUCCCAGGCCAAGGAUGGCCAUGACAACCUGGCUUUUCUCAUGAAUUACAAGAGGAAGGCUGACUCAUCCAGCCUGUCCGUGUGUAGCAACGACAGCCUGGACGAGUCCAGCUCGGACGCUGCGUCCCCCGACGGCUGCGACUUCCUGCCCGGGGACGAUGCCUCCGUGUCGUCCUCCUCCCGAGAGGAGCGCAAGACGGUGCCCCCGCUGACAGUGCGGCUGCACACGCAGAGCGUGGCCCGCUGUGUGACCGAGGACGGCCGGACGGUGUCCGUGGGCGACAUCGUGUGGGGCAAGAUCCCCGGCUGCCCGUGGUGGCCGGCCCGCGUGCUGGACCUCAGCCUGAGCCAGAAGGACGACGGCGCGCCCUCCUGGAGGGAGGCGCGCGUCUCCUGGUUCGGCUCGCCCACCACGUCCUCCCUGUCCAUCUCCAAACUGUCCCCUUUCUCAGAAUUUUUCAAACUGAGGUUUAACCGAAAGAAGAAAGGCGUGUAUCGGAAAGCUAUUACAGAAGCCGCCAAGGCGGCCGAACACCUGAGCCCAGAAAUCCGGGAGCUCUUAAGCCAGUUUGAAACGUAACUUUGACUCAAGGAUCAGGUAACUGAAGAUGGGCACCCAGUUGUUUAUGACUCCUGCCAGCAUCCUGCCACGCUCCCCACAACAGCAUCGAGGAUGCCCCUGCCUGGGUGGGCAUCGGGGUGGGCUUAUAUCUGACUGCAGGAAAGGGAAGUGAGUGACCCCCGGCUUGGACCAGGGGAGAUGGUGCGGGGAGAGCGCGAUGCCUGGCGGGGAGGGCUGCACUCACCCACUCUGAAUGUAUUUAUUCCUGAUUCAAAAUACCAAGUUAGCUUAGAUCCAGGGGCCGGAAGGGGACCUGCUUGAACACGUUGCUGCUGCUGCUUUGAAGAGGACGCCCCCUCCCCUGUUUGCGGGCCCCUCCCCCUUGCUCACAGGCCGUGGCCUUGGCCCUCCUGGCCGCCGGCCACCCCCCCCCCCCAGCCUCCCUGCCAUCCGAGUUGAGGCGAGAGCCCCCCUGCCCCGCCCGCAUGAUCCGGUCUUCCACUCCAGCCCGUGCCCAUCGGGAUCUCCUCUGCGCCGGGCGCUCAGAUCGGCUUGGCACUCUGCGGUGUCAUGGCCAAGUAAAGAGAACAGACGUGGGGUGUGGGGGUUUGAGGUUUUUUUCUUCCUUUUGUCACUUUAAAGACCAAAAAUGUGUGCUUGGAGCCAGGCGACUCUCACUGGUUUAAAUGUACAAAGAUCCCAAAUAAAUCUGUGUGUGUCAGUCGCAUCCUGCGA